GAUGAAGUGCGCCCGGUUGUGUUCCUAUCAUCAAAACAACCUAAAACAAGCACUGAGAAAUUCUUCAUCAGGAUCGUACUAUGUAUUAUUACCAGAAAUUCCUCCAGACACACCGGAGACAAAUGAGGUUAUGCGUGUGGCUGACUUUCCAGACUUCCAGUCAGUUACACCUGAUAAGAUCAUUACAGGAUGUGCCAAACUUGCCAUAGAAUAUGAAACCUACCUAGGCAAACACUUGGAAGAUUUGAAAGAUCAGAAAAAGCCGAAAGAUUUUGAGUGCGUCUUCCAGCCUAUAGAGGAGAUAGCAGUACCAUUAAAUUAUGCAUGGAGAACAGCCAAAAACUUGAAUUAUGUUCACAGAAACCCAGGUUACAAGCAAGCUUUUCAGAGGAUUCACCCUCAGGUAGAAAGGGCGAAGAAUGAGCGCUGGAUCAGUGAGACACUCUAUAAUUCAGUAAAAGAAGUUCAUGCAAACCGUGAUAAUCUUACAGAAUUCCAGCGUCGCUUGACAGAAAUGUAUCUGUUAGAGGCUCGUUUAAACGGCGUGGAGUUGGUGGGUUCUGACAGGAAGCGCUUCAUGGAGACCCUUAAGCGACUGUCUGUGGAACGAAGCAACUUCAGAAACAAAGUGAUGAUCUGUCAGCGGCUUUUCUCUCAUGCCACAGAUGACAUCUCCAUGAUUCAAGACUUUCCUCCUUCAUUGUUAGCGGCCAUGUCAGAGAACAAACUGAAUCCCAGACAAGGGCCGUGGAAAGUUACCCUUCAACACAAUGUUUACUUGCCCUUUAUGGAGAACUGCUCCAAGAGAGAGUUACGAUGGAAUGCAUGGCAUGCCUUCAACAACCGAGCCGCCGAUAACUUUGCCGAUCAGAAUUUAGGAAAUCAUAAAAUAAUCAAUGAGAUAAGAAUGUACAGGUCAGAUAUUGCUAAAUUAUUAGGUUAUGAAAACUUUGCUCAGAUGUCCAUGGAGACCAAAAUGGCUGGCAGUGUGGAGAAUGUGGUCAACUUCUUGGAAAGUUUGAAAACAAAGUUUAAAAUGAAAGCUGAGGAUGAAAUUGCUGAGCUCCAGGAGUAUGCAAAGUCCACAGGCUUCAAACAGCGCCUGCAGAUGUGGGACCUCUAUUACUAUAGACAGAAGCAGAGGACAGAGCUGUAUCAGUUGGAUGAAGCAGAAAUCACUCAGUAUUUCCAGCUGAAUCAUGUCCUCAAUGGUUUGUUCAGCAACUGUAAACGUCUGUUUGGCAUAACCGUGAAGGAUUGCACUGACAGCGUUCCAGAGGCAUGGAAUUCUGAAGUCAAAUUUUAUAACAUCUAUGAUGAAGAUGGUACAUACAUUUCCUCCUUCUACAUGGAUCCGUUCGGGCGACAGCAGGACAAGCUGGGUGGAGUUUGGAUGGAGACUGGUGGAGAGCGCAGUUCACACUUAGGCACCAAGCCCUUCUCCUACCUGGUAAUGAGUUUGCCCACCCCUGUUUUUAGCAACGUUUCCCCACUCAUGACACUUGCUGAUGUUUCCAUGCUCUUCCAUCAGUUUGGACAUGGCCUUCAGCAGCUGCUCACUGUCGUGCCGUACAGCGAGAUAUCUGGUCAGAGGAAUGUAGAGUGGGAUGCACUGCCUGUGUGUGCCACCUUCAUGCAGCAGUGGCUGUACCUGCCACAGACAUUACAGGAAAUCACAUGUCAUCAGGAAACUGGCCAACCCAUGCCACAAGAUCUCAUUGAGCGCAUCAUAAAAGCGGAAAAGCAUAUGUGCAGUUAUGACAUGAUGAGACAAGUGUAUUUGAGUGCCUUUGACAUGGAGAUCCACAUCAGUAAGGAGAAUUGGUUUGAGUUGAUGGAGCGUGUGUGGGCCCAGUACAUGCCCCUCCCCCUCAAUGACCAGGACAACCACCCCUGCUCCUUCACACACAUCUUCUCAGACCAGUACCCAGCCGCGUAUUACUCCUACAAGUGGUCAGAGAUGAUAUCAGCUGAUGUUCUUGGUGCUUUUCUUGAGGUGGGACUUGAUGAUGCAGAGAAAGUAGCCGCAGUAGGGAAAAGGUUUCGGGAGACAUUCUUGUCUCUGGGCGGUGGAGUUCCAGCAAGUGAAGUGUUCCGUCGUUUCCGGGGGCGUGACCCGUCACUGAAUGCAUUGCUAGAGUUGUAUCAGUCAAAGUGACUCUAACAUGUGUACUUUAAGGUGUAUUUGAUUUGGAAUCAAAUCUGUCUGGAGUGCUGUGCAUGGAUGAAAGAGUUUGUUGACCAUGGAUGUGACAAUUUGUGUACAUUUAAGCGAUGCUUACACAAAUCAGUGAUGUGCAGCGAAGGUUGCUCUUGUCCCACUGGUCUCAGCUGAGUUCGAUGACAAACUCCAAAGUCUCGCAAAUCAAGAAAUGACAGGGUCAAGCCAAAGAAGUAUCAAGUCCCUGUUGAUCACACGGUUGAUGAACAAUGUGAUGUACCCUGUAUGAAAAGGUAUCCAGCACAUUUUCUGACAUGAGCAGGAAAGUCAGACUUAGUACAUACACAUGUACAUGACAUUCUUGUUGAUAACAUAUACUUUGUAUGUAUGCAAGAAAACCUUCAUACUUUGCAAUGAUUGUGUAUUUUUUUCUUAACUUAACCUUUUGCUGAGCCGUGAGCAGCUUGGUGCCUGAUUGUCAAGUAAGGCAACACCAAUUUUAGUUGGUUGUUUUACCAGCAAGCCGAUUUUAAAAGAUCCAGAAAAGGAAUUAAAAAUAUAAUUAAUCAAUUUAUUUGGCUGCGAUCUUAAUGUUCUUUUGUGAUUUUCCUAUUUUUCAAGGCUUUCCAGUCACAUUAACAUCUUUUUAACAGGAACAGUUGCUGGGACAGCAUUACCAUCUGAGAACAUAGAAUAAACAUUCAUUUUGCUCAUAAAACAAAAAUUUUAAUUGGUGUGGCCUAAUUGACAAAAAGUGACGUAGUGCUCCUCUGGGUUUCAAUGGUCUCAAGAUCCUGAUUGCAAUAAUUAUUGCAUGAAUAAAACAUUUAUAUUGAGUUAGCAUAUUGUGUUCAUGCAAGUGAAAUAAUUUUGAGGAAGGCCAUUUAAUUGAAAUUAUCUUAAGCAAAGGUGCAUGUAAGUGAAGCCAUUCUGAGUAAGUCAUUAGAGACUAAUAUUAAUGAUAAAUGGUGAUUUGGUAGGAAGUUGUAUUAAAGACCUAUCAUUACCAGUGAUGUCAGCAUAUGAGAGUUUGCUAAGACUCCAAAUGAUGUCAAAGGAUCAGAUUAUGAGCAUCAUAUCUCAUCCAUCCAAAAUGCCACAAGU